AGUAUUAUUUCUCAAUUUACAAUAUUAGAGUAUGAUUGUUAUUUGCGUAAUUUAUUUCAAGCUGUGAUACGAUAACUACUUAAGAAAGAGCGACCCAUCUCCUUUACAAAGAUCGAACCCUACCCUAGCCGCGUUUCUUCUUUAACGAACUACAAUGGCUGCCAAUAGCUCACCUUCUGCCUUUGAAAAAGAACAGAUAUUUGGAAUGGCUGAAAAGGAGAUGGAAUAUAGGGUUGAAUUAUUCAACAAGAUGACCCAGACCUGUUUCAAAAAGUGUGUUGACGAAAGGUACAAGGAGUCUGAGCUAAAUAUGGGUGAAAAUAGUUGCAUUGACCGCUGUGUUUCUAAGUACUGGCAAGUGAAUAAUCUAAUUGGUCAGCUGCUUGGUUCUGGGAGGCCUCCGAUGUAAUCCAAGUCUAUUGUGUUUUCUUUUGCGGUUAGCAACCUGCGAGUGAGCUACAUGUAUGACAUUAAUUAGGAAAACAUGCAAGGUUUUUAUUUUUGUCCAUGACUAUUUUUUGGUCAAUCUGUUCUGUUAAGUAAGGAUUGAUUGGCUUUUGAGUUAGCCAUUGGUGAACAAUAUAAAUAAUUUUGGUUAAUUUAGUUCAUUCUUUGUUUCUAA